AUGCUGCUGCUGCUGCUGCUGCUGGCGCCACUGUUCCUCCGCCUCCAGGGCGCGGGCGGGGCGCAGACCCCCAACGCCACCUCGGAAGGUUGCCAGAUCAUACACCCGCCCUGGGAAGGGGGCAUCAGGUACCGGGGCCUGACUCGGGACCAGGUGAAGGCUAUCAACUUCCUGCCUGUGGACUAUGAGAUUGAGUAUGUGUGCCGGGGAGAGCGCGAGGUGGUGGGGCCCAAGGUCCGCAAGUGCCUGGCCAACGGCUCCUGGACAGAUAUGGACACACCCAGCCGCUGUGUCCGAAUCUGCUCCAAGUCUUAUUUGACCCUGGAAAAUGGGAAAGUUUUCCUGACGGGUGGGGACCUCCCAGCUCUGGAUGGAGCCCGGGUGGAUUUCCGGUGUGACCCCGACUUCCAUCUGGUGGGCAGUUCCCGGAGCAUCUGUAGUCAGGGCCAGUGGAGCACCCCCAAGCCCCACUGCCAGGUGAACCGAACGCCACACUCAGAACGGCGCGCAGUGUACAUCGGGGCGCUGUUUCCCAUGAGCGGGGGCUGGCCAGGGGGCCAGGCCUGCCAGCCGGCGGUGGAGAUGGCGCUGGAGGACGUGAAUAGCCGCAGGGACAUCCUGCCGGACUAUGAGCUCAAGCUCAUCCACCACGACAGCAAGUGUGACCCAGGCCAAGCUACCAAGUACCUGUAUGAGCUGCUCUACAACGACCCUAUCAAGAUCAUCCUUAUGCCUGGCUGCAGCUCCGUCUCCACGCUUGUGGCUGAGGCUGCGAGGAUGUGGAACCUCAUUGUGCUUUCCUACGGCUCCAGCUCUCCAGCCCUGUCAAACCGGCAGCGUUUUCCAACGUUCUUCCGAACACAUCCAUCAGCCACACUCCACAACCCUACCCGUGUGAAACUCUUUGAAAAGUGGGGCUGGAAGAAGAUUGCCACCAUCCAGCAGACCACUGAGGUCUUCACUUCGACUCUGGAUGACCUAGAGGAACGAGUGAAGGAGGCUGGAAUCGAGAUUACUUUCCGUCAGAGUUUCUUUUCAGAUCCAGCUGUACCCGUCAAAAACCUUAAGCGCCAGGAUGCCCGAAUCAUCGUGGGACUUUUCUAUGAGACUGAAGCCCGGAAAGUUUUUUGUGAGGUGUAUAAGGAGCGUCUCUUUGGGAAGAAGUAUGUCUGGUUCCUUAUUGGGUGGUAUGCCGACAACUGGUUCAAGACCUAUGACCCGUCCAUCAACUGCACAGUGGACGAGAUGACUGAGGCGGUGGAGGGCCACAUCACCACUGAGAUUGUCAUGCUGAAUCCUGCCAACACCCGCAGCAUCUCCAACAUGACAUCCCAGGAAUUUGUGGAGAAACUUACCAAACGACUAAAAAGACACCCCGAGGAGACAGGAGGCUUUCAGGAGGCACCACUGGCCUACGAUGCCAUCUGGGCCUUGGCAUUAGCCCUAAACAAGACAUCUGGAGGGGGUGGCCGUUCCGGUGUGCGCCUGGAGGACUUCAACUACAACAACCAGACCAUCACUGACCAAAUCUACCGGGCAAUGAACUCCUCAUCCUUUGAGGGUGUCUCCGGCCAUGUAGUGUUUGAUGCCAGCGGCUCUCGGAUGGCAUGGACGCUCAUCGAGCAGCUACAGGGUGGCAGCUAUAAGAAGAUUGGCUACUAUGACAGCACCAAGGAUGAUCUUUCCUGGUCCAAAACAGAUAAGUGGAUUGGUAAGUGGAUCUUGUUUAUAUUUUCCUUCAGCGCCUCUGAACAAUCAAGGAAAAGAGUCAUACAUUUGAAUGAGGGUGGAUUGGUGGGUGCCAUUAGGUUGAAAUGUGGGAGCGAGGUGGUCCAGGGGCAGGAGUUAAGAGAGAGUGGAUACAACCUCACAAGAUGUGGGUAGGAGAGACUGGUGUAUCUGGAGAGGGAAUAGGAGGUGGGUAGUACUAUUUUUAAUAGUACACUGCUGUGGUAACUGGGGAUUAGAGGCAGGGGGUGGGCAGGGGGUGGGAAGUGGAAACUCCAUUUGGGUUUCCCAGAUGUCCUGGUGCCUUGAUAUAUCCGAACCAGCUACUUCAAGCCUAGAACUGCCUCUUUGUCUGUUUUUGUCAGUAAAACGAUUGCUUAAACUAUACGUACACUUUUUGUAUCUGCAAAACCUCACCUAAUUGUAGUCUGAUAAAAUUGUGUGUUUUAAAGAAGUAAAAUAAGCAGUUAUUCUUUGUGUACUUGGUGGGCUAGAUGAUAGGAAAUGGGAAAGAUACCAAAGGUGGGCAAAAGGAAGGACUUACUGAUAAAAGAAAGGAUUGGCACCUUGAGGGUGGGGGGAAGGACACAACCAUUGAAGAUAGCUGGCACUUGCUCUGCUCAACUGAAAUCUAGUCAUUCCCAGCACUGCUGGAGUUUUGCUUUUUUUUUUUUUUUAUAAUUUGAAUUUAGGACAGUGUUCUGUACUGCUAUAAAUGCUGCGUGGCCUAAAUUAGCCUUUUUUUUUUUAAACUAAGCAAAUUGGAAUUAAUUUUUUGGUGAACUAUGACAAAUUUGAACUU